AUGGGUUUAAUCGAUAUUGAUAGGAAAAGAAUACAUGAUCAAACAGCACCGAAAAGUGAAAGGCAUGUUUUGGUGGCCAGAAAGCCAAAGAGAAUGAAACCAACUCAGGCAGUCUCUCACUUAGAGGCUUUUUUGAGUACUACAUCUCACGAGAUGAUAAUGCAGAUCGUGCGACUGCUGGACAGAAGAGAUCUGAUAUACCUGUCUUGCAGUAACAAGCGCGUAAGAUCACGCAUUUUACCCUACAUAUUUGACGAGGUCAAGUGCUCUUGGCGUCAGCUGAUGCAUGAAUGGAAGACCAAAACACGCGGUGUCUGCGCUCCAAUAGAACACCCAGAACUCGUGCAACACUUACGCAUCUCAUCGCCAUGCUCUAAAAACGAAUGGGCUUUUCCAUUCCACGUCUUGUUUGACAAAGACUCUGCUAUGGUAAACCUCAUAAGCCUCACCCUUCCGACAUCAGGGUCUGCGAACUUUUUCAAGUAUUGUAACUCUACCACGCGCUUGCUACGGCUGCGCUUAGAUGCGGAGCGUAGCGACUCUUCUUUCUCACUGGAACACGUUAGGGUGUUUCCCGCACUGCGAGACCUGACACUCUCUAACUUUCGCAUUGAUCCACAAGAGAACGAAGAAGAAGACCAAUGUCCUGAUCUAAAAACUUUCACUCUGAUCAAUUGCACAUGGUGCUAUCCUUUCAAUUUGGAAAAUUUAGGGAGGGAUAAGAUAACGUCGCUUCACCUGGUAUAUUCCAACAGUUUCAUAAUCAGUGAACGAUUCAAGUAUUUUCUUUCCCAUCCACGUUUCAACAAUUUGACAGAACUUUCUAUUCUAAACAACGAGAAAAAUUUAAGGCUGACAAUGUCCCUAAAGAUCAUGACCUUGAUAAGAGCGAUGCCAACUCUCAAAGUUUUGAAACUUGCGGGGAACAUCCACAAUGAAACGCUGAGUCGUGCAGCCCAUUCCAACAAUCCUAAUCGCACAGAAGUGAUGGCCGUUCAGGACGUAAAAGUCCUGUAUUCUAGGUUUUUGCUGGACAUCAGCUAG